UGAAGUAGUUGCGAUUUAAAUUUAGCGGCCACAUUUCUUCCCCUCACACCCCUCUCCAUGCUACAACGGUUUGACAGACCUGUCAUCCCCAACCUUCUAACCUAAGAUUCUAAAAAUAUCAGCAAAACAUUGGCAAAUAAGUGAAAUUUUUAAAAUAUGUAAAUAACGACGUCAUUAGUGAAAAUUACGAAAUCCAUUUUCUUUUAACUUGUUAUUCAAUAAAAUGCGCCCUGAACUUAACCUCAAAUUAACCUUACCGUGAGUGGACCUCGAGAAAAACAUGCCAGGGAAAGUUAAAGUGAAAAUCAUCUCGGGGAGGAACCUCCCCGUGAUGGAUAGAUCGAGUGAUACGACAGACGCAUACGUGGAAAUUAAAUUAGGGAGCACAACGUACAAAACAGAUGUUUGUCGAAAGUCUUUGCAUCCCCAUUGGAACUCAGAGUGGUACAGAUUUGAGGUUGACGAUUCAGAACUCCAAGACGAGCCUUUACAAAUUAGACUGAUGGAUCAUGACACCUAUUCGGCUAAUGAUGCAAUAGGAAAAGUGUACUUAGACUUAAAUCCGCUCCUGCUACCAGCAGCUGGUUUAUUAGUCAGAUAUGGGAGGAAUGGUGAUGGUAAUCAUGAACACUCAUCCAAUUCCGUUAUGUCUGGCUGGAUACCAGUGUAUGAUACGAUGCACGGUAUCAGAGGAGAAGUCAACGUUGUUGUUAAAGUAGAAUUGUUUUCCGAUUUUAACCGAUUUCGACAAUCAUCGUGUGGAAUACAGUUUUUCUGCUCUAAAUCAAUCCCACAUGGCUAUUUUGCUCAAACUAUACACGGUUUUGUUGAAGAACUGAUAGUUAACGACGAUCCCGAAUACCAAUGGAUCGACAAAAUUCGAACCCCCAGAGCCUCGAACGAGGCACGACAGACCCUCUUCUUCAAACUAUCAGGGGAAUUACAGCGCAAAAUCGGCGUGAAAGCCCUAGAUUUAGGCGGCAACGCAGUCAUAGGCUAUUGCCAAUGCUUUGACCUUGAAGGUGAAUCAGGAAUAGUCGCUCGAGGAAUCGGAACGGCCGUCACUCUAGUCAAACUUUUGGACACCCCGCACGUCCUCCCUGAAGCACUAAACGAAGAGCGUGCACAGAGUUACUUAAAGUUCCUAGGCUCCCAAGCUAGCUUCCACCUCAAUCCUGCUCCCGUGAGUGAGCCGAUUUUCCCGUUUACCAAAAAACGCUUCCCGUCACCUUUGUACGCACCUCUCCCCGCCCUAGAUAUAGACAACCCGCGGUAUAAACACGUGCCUAAACAUCUAUACAUGACAGAGUCAAGCCACCAGUUGAGGUCGACGAGAUCUAACCCUACCCUGUGUGAACAGAUCCACCACCCGUCCGUUAAAACCCUACUAAAGCAAGAAGAUAUGAGGGGAACCCCGGGGUACGGCUUUGGGCAAAAAUUUAAAAACUUCAAGUACUCGUCGCAGAGUAUGCUGUCUAAGAAGAUGACGGCGUUGAAAGCUAAGUUAGGUGAUUCGGGGAUCGGGGAAGAGAUUGAUCAAGAAGCUAGUUUGAGUGAAGAGAGGAAGAAACCAAACCGCAAAUAUAAGAGAACGAUUAGUGACUCAAGCGUGAUGGCUGAAGUACUGGCGAGGUCUGUAAUUCAGGCACACAAUAGCUUGACUUGUAUUUUGGAAGCUCAAGAUUCCGUGUCGUCCCAAUACGACGACGAACCACCACCGGGUUCCGUCACUCCUAAUACCGAAGAGGAGUUAGAGUCACGGCCAACUUUGUUAGAAAAGACCGUCUCUGAACCGUUACUUUCCGUUCAGGAUACUUUACUAGAGUCACACUCUUCUGUCGUAUCUUCUUCAAGUUCAGAUUCGGGAAGUUCGGAUGAUGACGAAUACGCGUCCGACUCUAAAGACAUUAACUAUGAAACUGUCAGUAACAUCGUAAAAAAUGUAGAACUCUUAGAGAAGACUAAUUCGUCUAACAGUUUGAAAGGUUACUCUAAACAAUUAUCUUUACCUGCUAUAUCGCUUGAUAAGUCUUUCGAGAACACGGAAACUAACCCGUUCAUGUUCCCUAUUCCUCCGAACGGUGAAGAUACACAAAAUGAAGAUGUAUCUGAUUGCAGCCCGCCUGCCACUGAAGACUUCCCGAACUAUUAUCUAGAACGACUAAAUGCUCCUAUUGCCAAGAUCGAAACUGACGAAGAAUCAGACGGCAGAGACUCUUUAAACGAACACAAUAUAGAAAUGGAGGUGGAUAUUUCGCCUUCAGCUGAACCUAAACGCAAGACUAUAAUCCCACCGAUUAAAAUCGGUGGAGAUUUUAAAUCCAAAGGUCUUUUCAAAACAGCCAUGCAAACAAUACUCUUGGAAAAAGUGGGCAUCAUGGGAACGUACACUCCUCCGAUGUCCCCUUCGUCCGCAACCACCAAAUCAAGCAUCGGUUCACCUACGUCCUCACUCAGUUCUAUUCAAAGUCCGAAUUAUGAUAAGUUACCACGGUCGUCUACCGCUAUAUCUUUAGAUAAUAUGGGUCGCAGACACGAAACCGUCCUCGGCGCUCCUUUCACCUCAAUGUGUAGUAUCCGACGCCAAUCUAAUCCUUGCAUAUAUAGCAUUUCUGACAGCGCGUUGAAUAAGUCGCAACCUCUUACCGCGUCAGGUAAAGAUAGUAUCAACAGAAACAAAAUCAGUUUCAUUAAUUUGUUGACGCGUGGCCAAAGCUACUCCGGAGAGAGCAAAGCGAGCCCGACCGAGCAACCCGAGAAACGCAAAUUUCAGUUCUUGCGUUUAGCUAGAUACAAGUCACAUGAUCCUCAGUCUAGCUUGAAGAAAGCAAAGAGUGAUGACCUGCUCAAGAAAACCUUUUCUUUUUUGUCUAGGCCUAAGCGCGAAGAGCGUGACCCUCUGAAAAAACACGGUCUAGUGGGUACCGCUUUAGGAAACGUGGUGAUGGAGACGGUGCAAGAUAUUUUAGCUACGACUAAAUCCGAAAAAGGAGAGGUGACGCAACAAGAAACACCAUCUCCCGUUUUCCCAUCCUCUUCAAUAUUAACGUGUACUAAUAAUGAUAAUAUUCCCGAUGUAUCUGAUACGGCCUCUGUACCUAUCAAUACAGAAAUUGAUCGAGGCACUAGCGUUAGCGAUAAUAAUAUGCAUGCGAGCUUACCCCCUUCUCUUAGGAAUAAUAGUUCACCAGUUCCGGAACACGUACCUGAACAAGGUCAUCACCGAGCCGAGUCGAUUGGGACUAAAAUGAUACAAUCGCCCGCUAAAUUGAACAGCGUACCUUGCAUCUACCGACGAUCAUCAGAUUCUGAUUUAAGCAUAACCCCAAAAGGAUUCUUUAGGAAAACAAAAAGCCAAUACGUGGGGUUUUCUGUAGGGAAUAGUCUGACGGGAAGUGACCGUUCAGCAGCUGGAGGAAUCAACGGACAUAUUAAAAGCAAUCUGUUGAGGGCAACCGUACCUCAAGAAAAUUUCGAUAUGUUUGAGUACCCAUUUCUGACUAUGUCGAAGUACCCGUCGGGGUUCAUCACACAAAUAGGAGGAGCAGUGAGUGCUAGAUCUGUCAAACUACUGGAACGAAUAUCAAAUCUUGAAGAACCCGAAUCGCGUGACACGUGGUGGUCCGAAAUCCGUAUGGAGAUCCGCUCGCACGCUCGCGCUCUCAACUGUAACGCAGUCCUGGGCUAUGCAGAAACCACAAGCAUAUGUGAGGACGUUUGCGUUUUGAGUGCGAGCGGUACCGCAGCAGUCAUAGGCUUUCAACACGCCAAUGAAGUGGGCGAUGGUAUUGGAAGCCUACCCACCAUCCCCAAACACAGCAAAGAUAUUCUAAGCUCGUCUCUAGAACAAGAACGAACCCAAAAGUCACAAGAAACUAAGGUUAAGACUUUGCCCGAAAGCCCGGAUCACGAAACUGUACCCCAUUCUACCUCUUCUUGCUCAAUUUGUCAUUUGCCCUAUAAUACCAAUAAUGUUCCGAUUAGGGCAACUGUAUUAAAGUGUAGUUCUUGUCGGUCGGGGAAAGUACCAGAUGUGUUGAUCACAACAAUCGAGACCCCAGAUGGCGCCCCCACCGUCGGGAGGGGUUGUUUUAUACAAUCGUUUGUUUGUAGACCCCUCAAAGACCUGCGUGGUGAAUCCAAUGCGAAGGAAAUUUCUGACGGCUUGCCCUUCCUGGAGUACGAAUUGCACCGGCUACUCAUAAAUAAGUUAAAAAUAAAGGGCAUGAACGCGAUUUUUGGUUUGAAGAUCCGCAUUUCGAUUGGCGAGAAGAUGCUAGUGGGGAUUGCGUCAGGAACUGCAGUUUUCCUAACCCCAUUACCAACUCCGGUACUACCGAAGCUGGUAUCGGAUCGUUCUUCUGACGAGAAGAAGUUGGCAGAUUUGCAGAAGGUUUUAAACGAGACUGUGAGGAAAAAUCGGGAGAUUUAUCAGUUGAAGAAUGAUGACUGUCAGAACGGUCGAGUUUUGUCAGAUGAUGACUCAGAAGAGGAGCAGACGUCUAUAGACUUAUCAAUGGGCAAUAAAGAUUGUUGCGUCCUUGAAGUCGACGAUCCCGAGGACGCCGAUGUUGUUGAAAUGUUAAUGGAAGAACGUCCACCGGAAGGCUUCCAUGUUGUUAAUACCGAAUUCGUUCCUGGUUUAGAAGAAUUAGAAAUCGUUAAAAAUUUACAAAUGUUUACGCAAAUAUACCGAGCGAAGUUUCAGCCACCUUAUAAUUUUGACGGAAAUUUCCGUAGGUUGUUACGGAGUGUUUAUUUUAAGUUGCGAAGGAUGGUACCAUGUGCACUGUGUGAUUUACAAUUCAGGGUGGAUCUCCCGGAAACUGACGAAAUACAGUUAUGCGUGUUAGGGAUGGCGUUAGGACUAGGGGAUCCUCAAAAGAUGAAGUUUAAACGAAAAAAUACAGUAACGAAGCGAUACGAUGACGAUCUAAUUUUUAAUUUGGAAGAAGAUCAAAUACCGGAAAAUAGUGUUACCCAAACGACUCAUUUAAAUACUCAUUCGGUUAGGUCAAGGCAAAAAUCUCCGUCGAGAAAUAGAAUACAAACUGUGAAGCAAAGACAUAUGCCUCAUCGAGAACGACACGGGGUGGACAUUACGCCUCUGUCGUACGUACCUGGAGGAAAAAUUGAACAUUAUUUAGGAAAUCUAAAUUUCUUUUUUAUUAGAGAAACCACUUCCAUUCGAGAGGAGGGUGGUUUAAGUGGUUUCAUUCAUAGUUUUGUAACAGAAGUCCUAGCAAUUGUUCGAGCACAUGUUACUGCCCUAGGGGGAAAUGCGAUGGUUGCAUACUUUAUGACAGAGUGCGUUUUGAACCACAGUCUUCACAAAAAUCAAGGACAAUGCCUUAUCAACGUAGGAGGAGACGUGGUUUUCGUUUCAUAUUUUAAGGAAGACCCAUAAGACCUCUUGUUAUUCUAUUUUUGAAGCGUGAUUAAUGUACUUAACAAUAUCUAAUAAAAACACGGUACCUAUUGAAUUAAUUGGGGCAUUUUUCGUGGUUUGCCAAGUUUAUGUGACGUAAAUUUUCAUUGCCGCCCAAGUUCAGAUUAAUUUAGACGGAGGGUCACAUAGUUGGGUUAAUUGUUCAAAUUUAGAUUACGCGAAUAUAGUUUUUUACCUUGCGGACAGUUCACGUCAGUUGUUGUGACUUUGCCAACGAAAUUAACGAGACAUGCCUCAAUAUCCCCCUUUCGGCUCAACUUAAGUCACUGCGCUUUGUUAUGUAGUUAGGUUUUUGUAUUUCCUGUUACCUUGGAAUGGCUGUUUGCCAUUUUUUGCCUUUAAUUUGAGAUAUUUAUUUUGUGAUGCGUGGAAUUGUGAUUGAUGCUCGGAGGUUGUAAAGAUGAUUUGUUACUGUCAAAACAGCUCGAUUUAAUGAUCGCAGUUCCACUGCAAAUAUUGUCUCCGAACAUGACAAAUAGAAACUGAUUGUUUGAUUGUAUUAUUUUGGAGAUUGUUAAAUAAAAGUCGUAAUAUCGAA